GCCACCGAUGCAACAUUUGCAGCAAGUAUUGUUCUGCCUCGGAUCCAAGGGUAGAUUUGGAAAAAUCUUCUAAAUUUCGGUUUCCUCUCCUCUCCUCUCUUUCUCACCAUUUCCUUCCGUCACCACAAUUUCCUCAUCAUCGGCGAACCUCACCGCCGGCAAUCCAAGCCAACCUAGCCCUCCUCCUGUCGUCGCCAUCCUCCUCUCCCCCGCCCUCCACUGGUUCUGGACUGGCGGGGAGUGUAGAUCCACCCGGACUCAGGAUCGAUUUCUUCUUCUGCUGGUUCUUCUUCCUCGUCUUCAGCGCGCAAGAUUAACCCACGCGAGGUGCAGAUGCGGUUUAGUUUCCAGAAUUUCGGUUGAACCCCACAUGCCGCUCGCUGACUGCCGCCCUUGGUUCCUCGUGUUUUGAGGGAAGCGCCCUAGCUGUCAGAUUUAGCUCAGGCGCGGGCAGCUGAGGUCCUUGGCGCGGUGUCCAGAUGAGCUCCGAGCCCCCAGAGCCCAAGAGGAAGAUGAGGAUAGUGUACUCCAGGGACUUUCUGCUGUCGUUUGGCGAGUUGGAGCAUUGCAAGAAGCUUCCCCCUGGAUUUGAUACGGCGCUCCUUAGUGAGCUGCAGGAGCUGUCAGCUGGUGUGCUUGAGAGAAACAAGGGCUAUUACAAUACACCCCUGGGAAGGUCAGAUGGGCCAGGGGGCUAUUCUUACUCUUCUCGUGGCGGGAACUCAGGAGGGAGGUGGGACACUCGCUCGUCUGGGUCAAGCGACCGGGAUGGGGAGUUACCGGAUCGCGAGCCUCUAACACAGGGGCGCAAUGUCAUCCAGUACAGACGCAAUUGGCAGAACACGGAGCAUGACGGCCUACUGGGAAGUGGUGGUUUCCCUAGACCAUCAGGAUAUGCCAGUGCCGGGCAGUUGGCAUCGAAGGAUCAUGGUACUGCGUAUCAACUAAACAGGACAUCUCAACGCUACCAGCCACCACGCCCUUACAAGAAAGAUGUUGACUCAAUGAAUGAUGAGACAUUUGGAUCUUCUGAAUGCUCAAAUGAGGAUAGAGCAGAAGAAGAAAGGAAGCGGAGGGCAUCAUUUGAAAUGAUGAGGAAAGAGCAACAUAAAGCCAUGCAAGGAAAGAACGGUCCUGAUAUUCUGAAAGAAAAUCCUAGUGAUGAUAUCAUGUCACAGUUACAGACGUCUACCGAAAAGGCAAAUGCCAAUACUAAAAAUGAGAAGCUAGAUGGAUCUGCAGUGUCCUCAAUUUAUCAAGAAAAUACCACUAAAACAUCUUCAGUUCUACCAGCUCCUGCAGCUAGGCCACUUGUGCCGCCUGGUUUUGCAAAUGCAUUUGUGGAGAAAAAACUUCAGUCACAGUCGUCCAAGAUCUCACUUGAACCAAAGGGUCACAAUGCCACUACUGAGGCUAACAUGGCGACUAUUGCACGAUUUGGUGAUCAGCUAGAGGGAAACCAGUCAGCAACAGAGAUUACUGCAUGUGAAAGCAAAGAGAAGGGCAUUUUCGAUAACAUUGCUAGUAUGGGUCAAAACCACACUGUUCCAUCUGGUGGUGUUACCACUUCAACUGAAUUUGCUUCUAGCAUUCUGAAAGGGAGUGAAGAUUGGGAAGCUAAUGUAACGGAUAAGUGUUCUUUUGAAAAAGGAGACAAAUCAAAAAAUAUUGAUCCAGUUAGGAAGGACAGUUCAGUCUCAAUCUUGGAACAGUUUUUUGGCAAUGCAUUAUUGAACAGUGGCAGCAAUUUACCGACUUAUGUCGAGAGUCAGCCAGUGAAAUCUGAUGAUGAGAAUAUCGCUUCUGUAACAGAAUCAUCCAAGUUUGCUUGCUGGUUUCUUGAUGAAGACUCGAAACCUGCAGAAGACUUAUCUUCAAAGAGCCUGCUUUCCAUGAUUGUCAAAAAUGAAAAUCCAGGGCCAGAAAAUAUAACUCAUGCUCCUUUACCUGAUGGCGCUGUUCAGAAUUUAUCACCAAGAUCACCUAUUGGUAAACUUGAUUCUGCAUCCAAGCUCCUCUCAUUUACAUCUCCUACACCUGCUGAUGGAAUCCUGGAACAAUUUGACCAUUCUAAUAUUCCAGAGACGGUUCCAGUAAUGAUGACAUGUGAGGAUCUUGAGCAGACAAUGCUGGCACAGGUUAAGAGUAAAAGCAGCUUGACUCAGAAGAAUGCUAUACUGGAACAUCAGAUUGUUGUGGAUGAGCCAGUUGCCAUGCAGAAAGUAGCUGUAGAUGAUCAUGCAUCACAUCAUCUUCUUUCAUUGUUACAGAAGGGAACAGAUAGCAAGGGAUCAUCUUCUUUGGGUUUUCAGAUAGGAUCUGCUGAUGAACUGCUGAGUGUUGACACAAAUUUAAUGGACAAUGGUGCAAUAUCCGGAAGUGAUCCAGUUAAUAAGGCUGAAAAUGUUCCUACUUCAGGGAAGAACCUGACAUUGGAAGCAUUAUUUGGGGCUGCAUUUAUGAAUGAGCUCCAUUCCAAAGAUGCACCAGUUUCGAUUCGAGGAUCCACAACUGGUGGUCCUAAUGAGUUUGUAGAGACAGGCAAAACUCUGUUGUCAUCUGGCCAUGAAGUAUACUACGCUGUUGAGCCGACCCUACCCUUCAAUAACAUUAAUGCUGCUGUCCCUAAAGAAACAGGAAUUGAGUACAUGAAUUCAGCAUUACCCGGUCCAAAUCAGGGAAAUGCUAGCUUUGACAAGAAAGGCUUUGAAAUUCAACUGCCUGAAGAAGAUAAUUUGUUUACAAUGAACGACUCUCUGCCUGGUCAAAAUUCUGAUUUUUUGCCAUCAGUGAAAUCCAGUAGGAUUGAAGGGCUAUUGCCUCAGAAGGCAGUUGAUGAUAUCAGUUAUAGGCUUCAAAGUCUUGUGCCUGGUGAUGCAGAACACAUCCAAGUACUUGGUCCCGAUGCUCUGGGAUCUCAUUCUCGCGAACAGCGUUAUCAGGUUGAGUCUCAGAAUCUUUAUCAUCUUCUACAGGGUAGGCCACCUAUGAUGGCACCUCGCCCAAUGAUGGAUCACAUUGUUAAUAGGAACCAGCAAGCCCCAUUCGACAUGCCACAACCGAUACGCCAUGAUAUCCACCGUUCUUUCCCAACUAAUGUGAAUCCUAUGCAACAUGCUCUUCAUGCUCCAGGGGUUCCUCACUUGGAUCCAGCUGCCCAUCAUCUUAUGCUACAACACAUCUCCAUGCCUGGAAGUUUUCCACCAGAAGGCUUGCCAAGAGGUGUUCUGCCAUCCCAGCCUGUACAUCACAUGCCUGGUUAUAGACCUGAGAUGAGCAAUGUAAAUAAUUUCCAUAUGCACCCUCGCCAGCCCAGCUAUGGAGAAUUUGGAUUGAUGCCAGGCCCAUCAGGCCCAGAGGUUAGAGGCGAUCAUCCAGAGGCCUUUGAAAGAUUUAUCCAGAUGGAGAUGUCAGCCAGAUCAAAGCAGCAGGUGCACCCAGCAAUGGCCGGCCCUGUACCUGGUGGGUUGUACGGGCAUGAGCUUGACAUGAACUUGAGGUACAGAUAGAUGAUCAAUGCGUGGUUGCUUAUGCAAUCCAUAGGAUCCCCCCCCCCCCCCCAGAAGCGUGGUUUGUUGUAUGUGUGUCAAAUACUCUUCACCGAAACCGCUAUGUGUCCAUUAACCUGGUUUAGCGUCUGGCAGCCAUUAACUUGGUUUAGCGUCUGGCAUCGACAAGAGUUAUUUGGUUUCUUCAAGAUGGCUGAUUUGGGGUAUGUAUGUACUUAUGAAAGGGUGAAUGAUGGGUUUAUGGUCUAUUGGGAAAAGUGGUAAAAGGAUAUUAUGGGUUGACAUGCUGUCGUCGUAGCAGCCACCUCUGUAAUGUGUUCGUGUGUCCUGUGUCAGACUACCGUUUUCAAUUUUGUAUAAACGCUAGCUGUUCCACACAAAGAGGGGGAAGAAACUAACAUAUUUCAUA